AAUAGCUUCUUUCUAUCAUAGUAUAAAACCACUAAUUUAUAAGAAAGUAACCACUAUGAAUAAAUUAGAAAAAUUCCAAGAAAAGUUACAUGCCUCAAGAUUAUUACUUUUGAAAAUUGUUAGACAGUGUUUAAUUCAUAUACCUACCCAAAUUACAAACAAAUCAGAAAAUACAGUUGGAGAAUAUUUAGAAGCAGUCAGUGAGUUAUUAUCAUACAAUGAAUUUGUGAAUGACUAUACUAUUGUGUAUAAUUUAACUAAAGAUAUAAAGAAAUAUCAAAAAUCUAACAAAGAAAUAGACUCAACAAGAUAUGAUUAUUUAUUAAAAUCAUUAGAAUUAAUUAAUAAACCAUUUGCUGAACUUGAACAAAAAGAAUUACAAGAACAACAGUUGGAGCUACAAAUCAGUAGUACAAAUAUAGAGAAUGCCAAAUUGCAGUCUCUUAUAAAUAAUGUAAAAGAUUUAUUGCCCCAUCUAGGAGAUGGAUUCAUCCAGAAAUGUUUAGAAUAUUAUGACAUGGAUUCUGAAAAAGUUAUAAAUAUGAUAUUGGAAGAUUGUCUUCCAYCAGAACUUACUCAGUACGAUUUAAAUCUUCCUUUAAAGUCAGAGUAUGAGGAUACUGCUUCUGGUUAUGAUCCUUCAAUUAAAGGGUUUAAGAAACUUAAAAAACUUAAGGCGGUGUUAGAUGAUAAAUCUUUCCGAAAUGAAAUGCGGCCAUUUUAUGAAAAAUAUCAUUUUACUGAGAUUACAUGUGCUGAAUUAGAGUCAUAUUAUGAUGAUGAAUAUGAUGACACAUAUGAUGAAGUUGAAUAUGUUAUACCAGAACCAGUAGACGAAAACGAAAAAAGAAGACCAGAUGUUGUACCAAGGGUUUUAAUGGAGAAAAAAGCUGUAAAUGAAUUUGUUGAAGAAGAGUUUUCAGAUGAUGAAYCACAGCCAGUAUUAAAUUUUCAACCAUUCUGUGAAAAUCCUGAAGAAGUUCGAGAAAGACAAGCUAGGAGAUAUGCUGCAAAGCAAUCUAAUAGAUCCAACCGAAGUAAACUACAAGCAACUUCUUCAUCAGCUACUUCGUCUGGAUCAAAUGUUGAGUUGGAACGACAGAGAAAAAAUGAGAACAAAGCAUUUAGUGGUAACCAUAACAGGAGAAAUGCUGCAAGAAACAAACAACAAAGAGGAAUGUUUUGAUAUUUUCUACUUGUCAUAUUCACUUAUAAAACUUCCAUACUUAUAAUAAAAAAUAAAUUAACAGAAUAAA